AUGAUCAUCACUGAGCAACCAGGACUGGAAGGAUAUGACACAGGGAACAACUCUGGACCAUUCAGAAACAUCACGCUAGCAAGUUUAGAAGUACUUACAUGUCUAGAUACUGUCAUAGUACAACAAAGAGUUGGAGUCUUCGAAACAAUACUCAAUUUUGAAACGAAAAACCGAUACAGCAUACAGACUGAGGAUGGCAGAAAGGUGUGUUCAAUCGUGUUGAUUCGUUUCUUCUAUCUAUCUUACGUUCCAAGAGUAUCAGUUUUAGAGAGAGGAGCGGAGAAGUGGGAAAUUACAGCUUUUUCGAGCGUACGAGAAAUCGAAUUGUUGCAUGAGAAUGUGUUGCAGAAGGCGCCGUGGAUUUUCAAUGCACCUUGUCAACAACUAUCAACAGGCGGAAAAAGAAUACGACAAGGACAUAUUGAAAAACUAGAAUGUAUUGGUGGACAAAUUGAGGCUCGGUUUUUCACCACCGUCGGUUUUGUAGGAAAAUUCGGUUUUAAGCAUAACAUUAAAAAUUUCAAGAUAAUGCGUUACACCCCAUUCCAGAUCGGUUGUAUAAAACAGUAUUGCGGUUUCCGAUUGAAUUUCAAUGUGUAUGACGGCGAAGGCAAGCGAUUCGCGUAUAUUACUGGGCCGCCGUAUUGUGGAUGUGGUUGUUGUACUUGUCACUUCCGCGAAAAAGUAUUCAAGGUCUACUCGUCGAUAGACAACUCAAGAAUUGGUGCGAUAAAGAAGGUAUGGGGUGGCGUACUUAAAGAAUUCUUCACAGAUGCCGAUUCAUUCAGAGUUGAAUAGGAAUCGGGUAAGAUGUCUAAAGCAUUUGUUGUGAUUGCAGUUCCUCGUGAUAUGGCAGUAUCGACAAAGGCUGUUCUUAUAGGAGCUGUGUUCCUAAUUGUAAGUGACAAGCUCUUUGCAUUUUCACAUUUCAAGUGA